AGUGAAAAUCGUGAGUGGAUGUAUCGGCGUUUUCUACCUGAUGGAGCUUUGAAUCCCGAUUUUCAAAGAGGUCUUCAAGGUUUUAUUGAUUACGCUAACAGUAGACGAGAUUUAAUGGAUGGUGAAAAAAUUAGGUGUCCGUGUAGGAAAUGCGAUAAUAUACGUUUCCAUAUAAAAACAAUGUUCACUAUCACAUUGCAAAGAACGGAUUUGUGCGGGAUUACCAUAUUUGGAGGUUUCAUGGUGAAAUUGAAAUGCCCACGACUGAAUAUCAUAAUUUUGAAGAAGAAGAGGCUAAUGAAGAUAAUUAUCAGAAUAUGGUCAUGGAUAUUGCUGCAUCCCAAUAUAACAUUCAAAACAUCGAAGAACCCCCAAAUUCGGAGGCCCAAUUGUUAUAUAAUAUGUUGAAAGCAGCGGAUAAAGAGUUGUGGCCCGGUUGCAAAACACAUUCACAAUUGUCUCUUGUUGCUCGUGUAAUGAGUUUAAAAGCAGAGGGGAAUAUGUCCGAAAGAUGUUUUGAUCAGUGGCUUGAGUUGAUAAAAGAGAUCCUUCCUGAUAAUAAUUUGGCUCCUACUAAUUUUUACGACACUAAAAAGUUACUGAGUGGGAUGGGGCUACCUGCGCAAAGAAUUGAUCGUAGAUCUGAUCAAGAAAAGGUGAAAGAUAAUUAGAAAAAUUAAGCUUGUAACUUUUGAUCAUAGACGAAUAGGAGAUAUGGGUCGUGGAGUUAGCAGCGGUGGAGGGCAGAGUUCAUUGGGUUACUUGUUUGGUAGCAGUGAGGCUCCAAAACCAGCAGUGGGGAAAGCACAAGCUGCACCGAGUGAGAGUAGUGUUGCUAGUAAAGAACCUUCGCCAAAGCCUAAUUCCGCUCCUAAGCCAGUAGACGUUAGCAAGCAGAUUCCUGCAGGGAUUCAUAGUAGCACCACCAACAACUACGUCAGAGCAGAUGGUCAGAGUACUUGCAAUUUUAUCACGGAUCGACCAUCAACUAAGGUUCAUGCUGCUCCCGGAGGAGGUUCUUCUUUGGGUUACCUUUUUGGUGGCGGCAGCAGCAGCAACUAAGCAACAGCCAGGGUCCUGCAGCCGGGAUCGCCAAAGUGUGUUUCGAGACAUUUAUUUGUAAAAAUGUGGCAGCAAUAUGGUAUUUUGCGUCUUUGCUGCAAGCCUCGUGGGGUGUUUCUGUUUAAGGUUUUGGGUUAUUUGUUUGUAAAUGUAGCAGCAAAUUAUGGUAUUGCGUCUCUGCUGCAAGAGUUGUCAAUAGUUUUUCUACAGACAGAUAUGAAUUCGUUGGUAAAUUUGAAGUGUGAAUCUCUACAUCUUAGUUGUGUUUGGAUGCAUAAUAAUAAGCAUCUCUCAAAAAGGCUUCCUUUGUAAAAUAACUCAACCAUAUUCUAGAUUGUAUUAUUGUGAUUUUAUGGGAUUUUUCA